AUGCAUCAACCUCCCGGGUUUGUUGACAAGAGAUUUCCAGGCCACGUUUGCAGGCUUCGCAAGGCUCUAUAUGGUUUAAAACAAGCUCCAAGGGCUUGGUAUCAGCGAUUCGCUAACUUUCUUUUGCAGAUGGGUUUUGUCAUUGCUAAAAGUGACAAUUCAUUAUUUAUUUUCCGACAUGGGAAAGACAUGGCAUAUUUGCUAUUAUAUGUUGAUGAUAUUGUGUUGGUUACUUAUUCAAAUCUGUUGCGUGACCGCAUCAUUUCUCACUUACGUACUGGAUUUCCAAUGACUGACUUAGGUCCUCUCAAUUAUUUUCUGGGCAUUGUUGUUACUCGUACUCCUUCAUAUAUGUUUUUGUCUCAGCAGAAAUAUGCAAAGGAGAUUCUAGAGCGUGCAGGCAUGGCUAGUUGUAAACCUGCGGCGACUCCAGUGGAGACUCAAUCCAAGCUUAGUGCAGAGACAGGCCCUCAGUUUCAUGAUCCAACACUCUAUCGUAGUCUUGCAGGUGCACUACAGUACCUCACUUUCGCUCGCCCUGACAUAGCUUAUGUAGUCCAGCAGGUGUGUUUAUUCAUGCAUGAUCCCAAACAGGCUCAUUAUGAUGCAUUGAAACGCAUUUUGCGUUACAUUCAGGGCUCCAUUGAUCACGGGUUACAUUUAUAUCCUUCUUCAUCCAUGCACUUGAUUACAUAUACUGAUGCAGAUUGGGGCAGGUGUCUAGAUACCCGUCGCUCGACCUCGAGUUAUUGUUGCUUUCUAGGGGACAAUUUCAUUUCAUGGUCGUCUAAGCGUCAACCUACUCUUUCUAAAUCUAGUGCAGAGGCAAAAUAUCGAGGCAUCGCUAACGUUGUUGUCGAGCACCAACGCACCAAGCACAUCGAAAUGGACAUUCAUUUCGUUCGUGAGAAGGUGGCGUUGGGGCAUGUACGGGUCUUGCACGUUCCAUCUCAUUAUCAGUUUGCAGAUAUUUUCACGAAAGGUCUCUCUCGACAACUAUUUUUGGAAUUUAGAUCCAGUCUCAGCGUCCGUCUUCCUCCCGCUACGACCGCAGGGGUGUGA